ACGUUUUCUCUGCACAUGCGCAGAUUCAGAACCGACCAUAUUUCCGGCAGUGAAAGGUUAGGAGAGAAGCAAGAUGGCGGACCUUUCAAAAUCCACGAAACAAAACGUUGACUUUGGAGCGAUGGAGUGUUACCUGAAGUGAAGAUUGAAGACGUGAUAGAAGAUGGACGACUACUGCUAUGCUAAGAUGGCGACGUCCGCUAAAAGAGAACAUGAAAGAGAAUCAACUUCCAGCAAAUCACCAACGGAGAUAAAGACGAAAGAUGAAGACAUCCAGCAGCUGAUCAGUAAUCCAGAAGAAGUUUCCCCUCAGUUAGGGGGGAGCUCCACUUUGAAGCACGAAACUCCACAACCACCCUGCAUUAAAAAGGAAGAGGAGGAACUCUGCAUCACUCAGGAGGGAGAGUGUCUUCUAGAACGAGAGGAAGCUGAUUACACCAAGUUUCCACUGACUGUUGUCUCUGUGAAGACUGAAGAUGAUGAAGAGAAACCACAAGUAGACAACCUUUUAGCUCCACUAUCAGAUAGUGAGGCUGAAGACGAGGUUGAAGUAACUUUGAGCAGCGAUACAGACUGUGAAGGUGAUAUGAGGACUCACACUGACAACCAGGACACUAAAUGCUCUAAAAAGAAGAGAGGUAAAGCAAGGUCGAUUUGCUCAAUUUGUGGCAAAAGCUUGACUAGAAAGAGCAUUUUGAUUCAACACAUGAGAACACACACAGGAGAAAAACCAUUUAUUUGCUCAGUUUGUGGAAAAAGCUUUGUUUUUAAGCAAGGUUUAACUCGGCACAAAAGAACCCACACGGGUGAAAAACCAUUUAACUGUUCAGUUUGUGGUAAAAGGUUUUAUCUGAAGGCACAUUUGAAUCAACACAUAGGAACACACACAGGUGAAAAACCAUUUAACUGUUCAGUUUGUGGUAAAAGAUUUUCUCGAAAUGGCUACUUGACCCAGCAUACAAGAUUACACACAGGAGAGAAAUCCUUUAACUGUUCAGUUUGUGGCAAAAGCUUUUCUAUUAAGAGCUAUUUGACUCAACACAUGAGAACACACACAGAUGAUAAAAGGUUUAAUUGUUCAGUUUGUGGCAAAAGAUUUUCAAACAACAGUCAUUUGACUGAACAUGUAAGAUUACACACAGGCGAAAAACCAUUUAACUGUUCAAUUUGUGACAAAAGCUUUUCUAUUAAGAGAAAUUUGACUCAACACCUCAGAACUCACACAGGAGAAAAACCAUUCAGUUGUUCAAUCUGCUGCAAAAAGUUCCAUCAUAACACAGACGCAGUCCAACACAUAAAAACACACAAGGGAGAAUAGUUAAUCAGCUAUUUAAGUUGUAAUACGUUGCUCAUAUGUGGAAACAUCCACUUAAACCCAGGACCUUCUCAGGAUAAGUUCACUGCUUCUUUUACAAAUAUUUGAGAUAUUUGUACAAAUUUGGUUCAUCGAGGGCAUGAAUUUAUCUCUACAUGACCCCAUGUCUUCUGCGUAUCUGAAACUUUCCUGAAUAGUAAGCUAGAUGAUGCUUGUAGUGCUUGGUUACUCCUUCAGACGAGACACACCCGAUGAGUCUCGCUGGGGAGGAAUUGUAGUCUUCUUCUGUGAUGUCUGACUUUGAACACCAACAACAUGAAUCGAUCUGCCUGAAACUAAACCUUCCAGCUCGCCUGGGGCCUCAUGUAUUAAGACUGGUGUGGAUUUUCUACCCAAAAAAUGUGUAUGCUUGAUUUCAGAAAAUGUCAAAUGCACCAUAUAUUCAUAUAUUUAAAAGUGUGUGCCCACAUUAAUCAAAGACCUCCAUUUAACGAGAAAAUAGACGCACAUGUUGGCGUGACCUGCCCCUCCCUGUUAAUAGCUCCAUUUAAAUGCACAAAUGAUAUUUCAAUUAGCCAUGUGCCUGAGAUCUCCCACUCCGCACAGUCAGAAAACACAACGAUAAUGAGUAAGAGGGCGAAAAUGAAGAAU